AUGCGUGUUCGCAGUAAAUAAAAAAGUUCAAUACGGUCAAGAGUGUUAUGUACAAGACAACCACUUAAACUCAAGCUGUGUCCGGAAAAGAACACUGAAAUUAUUUUUUUUUUGGCUAUGCACUUUCGCUAUAAUAUAAUAAAAUGGUAAGACAUAGUGCUCCUUAUUGACUCUUUAUGUGUUUGGGUUUAAAGCUGUUAGAAAUGAAAGGAAAUUAUUUCCUCAUUUUUGUUGUUUUUACUUUGGAAAUUGGCUUAUCAGAUGGCUGUGAGAGGGGCUGGUUCGGAUCCAAAUGUCAAUACAAAUGCCACUGCCAACAACCAUGUAUUGAAGACGGCAACUGUCCAGGUUUAUGUGAAAUUGGCUGGUUUGGUCACAAGUGUCAAUAUCGCAACUUGCUGUCAACACAUUUUCAUUUCAUUCGACCCAAUGACGAUGACUACAAAAAUGUCUUAAACGACAAUAAUGAUACCACGUGUGUUCAAAGCAGCGAGGACACUUUACACCUGAAGGCUACAAACAACAUUGGCUUUCUCUGGCUCAGAAUAGUGACCAAUACGCCAGAAUUAAUAUCCAUGGGAUUACAGAUCACAUUUGAACCAACAUUUUCGGAAAAUAUAGUUCCUGGUGAUUUUAUUAUUAAUGGGCGAAAUAUUGACAUUCACCUACCUACAUCGAUUCUAAAACACAAUUACAAAAGUCUAAAUCUACAAGGGGAGGUAAUGAAGACUAUUUGCUCACUCUGGCUAAGUGGAGGACAAAAAAUCAACUUAAUAAGACAGUCUGAAAAAAUAAGUAAAUCUAACUACAAUCAAGAACCUAUUAAUAAUAAAGUUAGUCAAGUCAACGACACGCUUUCUUAUGGCUUAAAUUUUAAUAAUACACAAGAUAGAGUCACAGAACCAUUUAGUAAUAAUUCUAGUCAAGUCAACAACACACACUCUCAGAGAUCUAUUUUUCACUUUAGUCAAAAUAACAUCACAUCUCAAGAACCAUUUAGUAAUAAUUCUAGUCAAGUCAACAACACAGAAUCUCAGGGAUCUAUAUUUAACUUUAGUCCAGAUAACAUCACAUCUCAAGAUCCAUUUAGUAAUGAUUCUAGUCAAGUCAACAACACAGAAUCUCAGGGAUCUAUAUUUAACUUUAGUCAAGAUAACAUCACAUCUCAAGAACCAUUUAGUAAUGAUUCUAGUCAAGUCAACAACACAGAAUCUCAGGGAUCUAUAUUUAACUUUAGUCAAGAUAACAUCACAUCUCAAGAUCCAUUUAGUAAUGAUUCUAGUCAAGUCAACAACACAGAAUCUCAGGGAUCUAUAUUUAACUUUAGUCAAGAUAACAUCACAUCUCAAGAACCAUUUAGUAAUGAUUCUAGUCAAGUCAACAACACAGAAUAUCAGGGAUCUAUAUUUAACUUUAGUCAAGAUAACAUCACAUCUCAAGAUCCAUUUAGUAAUGAUUCUAGUCAAGUCAACAACACAGAAUCACAGGGAUCUAUAUUUAACUUUAGUCAAGAUAACAUCACAUCUCAAGAUUCAUUUAGUAAUGAUUCUAGUCAAGUCAACAACACACACUCUCAGGGAUCUAUAUUUAACUUUAGUCAAGAUAAAAUCACAUCUCAAGAUCCAUUUAGUAAUGAUUCUAGUCAAGUCAACAACACAGAAUCUCAGGGAUCUAUAUUUAACUUUAGUCAAGAUAACAUCACAUCUCAAGAACCAUUUAGUAAUGAUUCUAGUCAAGUCAACAACACAGAAUAUCAGGGAUCUAUAUUUAACUUUAGUCAAGAUAACAUCACAUCUCAAGAUCCAUUUAGUAAUGAUUCUAGUCAAGUCAACAACACAGAAUCACAGGGAUCUAUAUUUAACUUUAGUCAAGAUAACAUCACAUCUCAAGAUCCAUUUAGUAAUGAUUCUAGUCAAGUCAACAACACACACUCUCAGGGAUCUAUAUUUAACUUUAGUCAAGAUAACAUCACAUCUCAAGAUCCAUUUAGUAAUGAUUCUAGUCAAGUCAACAACACACACUCUCAGGGAUCUAUAUUUAACUUUAGUCAAGAUAACAUCACAUCUCAAGAACCAUUUAGUAAUGAUUCUAGUCAAGUCAACAACACAGAAUAUCAGCGAUCUAUAUUUAACUUUAGUCAAGAUAACAUCACAUCUCAAGAUUCAUUUAGUAAUGAUUCUAGUCAAGUCAACAACACAGAAUCUCAGGGAUCUAUAUUUAACUUUAGUCAAGAUAACAUCACAUCUCAAGAUCCAUUUAGUAAUGAUUCUAGUCAAGUCAACAACACAGAAUCUCAGGGAUCUAUAUUUAACUUUAGUCAAGAUAACAUCACAUCUCAAGAUCCAUUUAGUAAUGAUUCUAGUCAAGUCAACAACACAGAAUAUCAGGGAUCUAUAUUUAACUUUAGUCAAGAUAACAUCACAUCUCAAGAUCCAUUUAGUAAUGAUUCUAGUCAAGUCAACAACACAGAAUCACAGGGAUCUAUAUUUAACUUUAGUCAAGAUAACAUCACAUCUCAAGAUCCAUUUAGUAAUGAUUCUAGUCAAGUCAACAACACACACUCUCAGGGAUCUAUAUUUAACUUUAGUCAAGAUAACAUCACAUCUCAAGAUCCAUUUAGUAAUGAUUCUAGUCAAGUCAACAACACAGAAUCACAGGGAUCUAUAUUUAACUUUAGUCAAGAUAACAUCACAUCUCAAGAUCCAUUUAGUAAUGAUUCUAGUCAAGUCAACAACACACACUCUCAGGGAUCUAUAUUUAACUUUAGUCAAGAUAACAUCACAUCUCAAGAUCCAUUUAGUAAUGAUUCUAGUCAAGUCAACAACACAGAAUCUCAGGGAUCUAUAUUUAACUUUAGUCAAGAUAACAUCACAUCUCAAGAACCAUUUAGUAAUGAUUCUAGUCAAGUCAACAACACAGAAUAUCAGGGAUCUAUAUUUAACUUUAGUCAAGAUAACAUCACAUCUCAAGAUCCAUUUAGUAAUGAUUCUAAUCAAGUCAACAACACAGAAUCACAGGGAUCUAUAUUUAACUUUAGUCAAGAUAACAUCACAUCUCAAGAUCCAUUUAGUAAUGAUUCUAGUCAAGUCAACAACACACACUCUCAGGGAUCUAUAUUUAACUUAGGUCAAGAUAACAUCACAUCUCAAGAUCCAUUUAGUAAUGAUUCUAGUCAAGUCAACAACACACACUCUCAGGGAUCUAUAUUUAACUUUAGUCAAGAUAACAUCACAUCUCAAGAACCAUUUAGUAAUGAUUCUAGUCAAGUCAACAACACAGAAUAUCAGCGAUCUAUAUUUAACUUUAGUCAAGAUAACAUCACAUCUCAAGAUUCAUUUAGUAAUGAUUCUAGUCAAGUCAACAACACAGAAUCUCAAGGAUCUAUAUUUAACUUUAGUCAAGAUAACAUCACAUCUCAAGAACCAUUUAGUAAUGAUUCUAGUCAAGUCAACAACACAGAAUCUCAGGGAUCUAUAUUUAACUUUUGUCAAGAUAACAUCACAUCUCAAGAACCAUUUAGUAAUAAUUCUAAUCAAGUCAACAACACAGAAUCUCAGGGAUCUAUAUUUAACUUUAGUCAAGAUAACAUCACAUCUCAAGAACCAUUUAGUAAUAAUUCUAAUCAAGUUAACAACACAGAAUCUCAGGGAUCUAUUUUUAACUUUAGUCUAGAUAACAUCACAUCUCAAGAUCCAUUUAGUAAUGAUUCUAGUCAAGUCAACAACACAGAAUCUCAGGGAUCUAUAUUUAACUUUAGUCAAGAUAACAUCACAUCUCAAGAACCAUUUAGUAAUGAUUCUAGUCAAGUCAACAACACACACUCUCAGGGAUCUAUAUUUAACUUUAGUCAAGAUAACAUCACAUCUCAAGAUCCAUUUAGUAAUGAUUCUAGUCAAGUCAACAACACAGAAUCUCAGGGAUCUAUAUUUAACUUUAGUCAAGAUAACAUCACAUCUCAAGAACCAUUUAGUAAUAAUUCUAAUCAAGUCAACAACACAGAAUCUCAGGGAUCUAUUUUUAACUUUAGUCAAGAUAACAUCACAUCUCAAGAUCCAUUUAGUAAUGAUUCUAGUCAAGUCAACAACACAGAAUCUCAGGGAUCUAUAUUUAACUUUAGUCAAGAUAACAUCACAUCUCAAGAUCCAUUUAGUAAUGAUUCUAGUCAAGUCAACAACACAGAAUCUCAGGGAUCUAUAUUUAACUUUAGUCAAGAUAACAUCACAUCUCAAGAACCAUUUAGUAAUGAUUCUAGUCAAGUCAACAACACAGGAUCUCAGGGAUCUAUAUUUAACUUUAGUCAAGAUAACAUCACAUCUCAAGAUCCAUUUAGAAAUGAUUCUAGUCAAGUCAACAACACAGAAUCUCAGGGAUCUAUAUUUAACUUUAGUCAAGAUAACAUCACAUCUCAAGAACCAUUUAGUAAUAAUUCUAAUCAAGUCAACAACACAGAAUCUCAGGGAUCUAUUUUUAACUUUAGUCAAGAUAACAUCACAUCUCAAGAACCAUUUAGUAAUAAUUCUAAUCAAGUCAACAACACAGAAUCUCAGGGAUCUAUUUUUAACUUUAGUCAAGAUAACAUUACAUCUCAAGAUCCAUUUAGUAAUGAUUCUUUUCAAGUCAACAACACAGAAUCUCAGGGAUCUAUAUUUAACUUUAGUCAAGAUAACAUCACAUCUCAAGAACCAUUUAGUAAUGAUUCUAGUCAAGUCAACAACACAGAAUCUCAGGGAUCUAUAUUUAACUUUAGUCAAGAUAACAUCACAUCUCAAGAUCCAUUUAGUAAUGGUUCUAGUCAAGUCAACAACACAGAAUCUCAGGGAUCUAUAUUUAACUUUAGUCAAGAUAACAUCACAUCUCAAGAAUCAUUUAGUAAUAAUUCUAAUCAAGUCAACAACACAGAAUCUCAGGGAUCUAUUUUUAACUUUAGUCAAGAUAACAUCACAUCUCAAGAUCCAUUUAGUAAUGAUUCUAGUCAAGUCAACAACACAGAAUCUCAGGGAUCUAUAUUUAACUUGAGUCAAGAUAACAUCACAUCUCAAGAUCCAUUUAGUAAUGAUUCUAGUCAAGUCAACAACAAAGACUCUAAGGGAUCUAUAUUUAACUUUAGUCAAGAUAACAUCACAUCUCAAGAAAGAUUUAGUAAUGAUUCUAGUCAAGUCAACAACACAGAUACUCAGGGAUCUAUAUUUAACUUUAGUCAAGAUAACAUCACAUCUCAAGAUCCAUUUAGUAAUGAUUCUAGUCAAGUCAACAACACAGAAUCUCAGGGAUCUAUAUUUAACUUUAGUCAAGAUAACAUCACAUCUCAAGAUCCAUUUAGUAAUGAUUCUAGUCAAGUCAACAACACAGAAUCUCAGGGAUCUAUAUUUAACUUUAGUCAAGAUAACAUCACAUCUCAAGAACCAUUUAGUAAUGAUUCUAGUCAAGUCAACAACACAGAAUCUCAGGGAUCUAUAUUUAACUUUAGUCAAGAUAACAUCACAUCUCAAGAUCCAUUUAGUAAUGAUUCUUUUCAAGUCAACAACACAGAAUCUCAGGGAUCUAUAUUUAACUUUAGUCAAGAUAACAUCACAUCUCAAGAACCAUUUAGUAAUAAUUCUAAUCAAGUCAACAACACAGAAUCUCAGGGAUCUAUAUUUAACUUUAGUCAAGAUAACAUCACAUCUCAAGAACCAUUUAGUAAUAAUUCUAAUCAAGUUAACAACACAGAAUCUCAGGGAUCUAUUUUUAACUUUAGUCUAGAUAACAUCACAUCUCAAGAUCCAUUUAGUAAUGAUUCUAGUCAAGUCAACAACACAGAAUCUCAGGGAUCUAUUUUUAACUUUAGUCAAGAUAACAUCACAUCUCAAGAUCCAUUUAGUAAUGAUUCUAGUCAAGUCAACAACACACACUCUCAGGGAUCUAUAUUUAACUUUAGUCAAGAUAACAUCACAUCUCAAGAUCCAUUUAGUAAUUAUUCUAGUCAAGUCAACAACACACACUCUCAGGGAUCUAUAUUUAACUUUAGUCAAGAUAACAUCACAUCUCAAGAUCCAUUUAGUAAUGAUUCUAGUCAAGUCAACAACACACACUCUCAGGGAUCUAUAUUUAACUUUAGUCAAGAUAACUUCACAUCUCAAGAUUCAUUUAGUAAUGAUUCUAGUCAAGUCAACAACACAGAAUCUCAGGGAUCUAUAUUUAACUUUAGUCAAGAUAACAUCACAUCUCAAGAUCCAUUUAGUAAUGAUUCUAGUCAAGUCAACAACACAGAAUCUUAGGGAUCUAUAUUUAACUUUAG